AAAAAUAAAAAUAAAAAUAAAGGAAAAAUUAUUAGAAUAGGGAAAAAUAUUGAUUUCUGUCUCUUCGUCGUUCGAUCGAACCGACUACCUUCACUAAUCACUACCGUAUUAUCCUCACCGAUUCCAAGAAUACAGGUAGAAAAGAUUAAAGAUUUUCAGAAAAAAAAUUGAGCUGAAAUUCAAGUAUUCAACCGCAGAGAAGAGAUUAGGGAAGAAAUAUGAGCAAUCUGAGGGCAAUUUGUAGACCUCAUGCAGUUUUCUCUUCAAUCACCUGUUGCUGCAGAGGACUGUUGGUCAAAUCGACGGUUCGCGUUCCGGUUCGGAUCCCUAGCCCCGGACCUCGAUGGAGCACAAAGCCGCCGGCGUUCUCGACGUGGUUCGAUUCGUCCAGGAGAAUUGAGCCCUGGGAUGGAGUGAAUAGGCGGCAGAGGAAGAGCAUAGCUACUAAUUCAUACAAUUGGAACAACUCCAAAUCCCCUUACGAAACCCUCGAGUUGGAAGGAGAUGCAGAUGAAGAGCAAAUAAAGGUGGCAUACAGACGUUUGGUGAAGUUCUACCAUCCAGAUGUUUAUGAUGGCAGUGGGACUCUUGAAGAGGGGGAAACUGCUGAAACACGAUUUAUUAAGAUUCAAGCUGCUUAUGAGUUGCUGCUAGAUAAAGAACAACGAAGGCAAUAUGACAAAGAAAAUCGGGUGAACCCUAUGAAGGCAUCCCAAGCAUGGAUGGAAUGGCUUAUUAAAAAGCGGAAAGCAUUUGACCAACGGGGUGAUAUGGCUAUUGCAGCAUGGGCUGAACAGCAGCAGCGUGAAUUGAAUCUUAAAGCACGCCGCCUUGCACGAUCAAAGAUGGAUCCUGAAGAGGAGAGGAAAAUACUGGAGAAAGAGAGGAAGGCAUCAUUGGAAAAUGUUAACACUACUUUGAGGCGGCAUACACUUGUGUUACGGAAAAGGGAUAUAAUGCGAAGAAAAGCAGAAGAGGAGAAGAAAAGGUUGAUUAACCAGCUGCUGGCAGCAGAGGGACUUGAGCUUGAAGAGGAGGAUGAUAAAAGCUUGUAGAAUAUACACCACCCUGUUAUAGCCGCUAUACUUUAAACGUUGCUUGGGGGUAUACUUGUCUGUUUAUUGUACAUGGAAGAUGAAAGUUGCAUUGUACAUUGGAAAACUCUUGAAAUGUGCAAAGAUGAAAGUCCAUGAAUUCGGUUCUUUCAUCGUUCACUUGUUCCAGUUCUUAUGGGAAAACUCCUGAAAUGUUCCUUGUAAUUGAAUGUUGAUGCAUAGGCAUCUAUAUUUCACAUUCUCCCUUCAACUCCAAUUAUUUGUAAGGGAUUGAGUAGGGAAAGAUAUGGUCAUUCCGAUUUUCAGUUCUAA